GAAGAGAAACGGAUCGUAAACGGGCCGGGAUUAGAUGAAAAUCGAGUUGAUUUAAUUUCGCACGUGAAUUAAAAACAAAAAAUUUAAAACGUCUUAUUCGCAACGCGUUGUGAAGUGACAAAACCAAGUUUUCAUAAAAGUAAAAAGUAACCAUGAAAGCCCUCAGACAAUUUUGAUGAAAAGUGUUAAGAAAAAGUGAAACCAAGACUUGAAAAAUCUUAAAAAAAUCUAUACCCUGUGAAACUGUGAAAAACUUAUUAAACACCCUUGAAAAAUGGCUGCCACGUUGCAACAUUGCGCCACGGCCACCACAACCCCAUCGCCGCUGAAAACGGUGGCCAGCACCUCACCCAAUCCCCAGUUGAAACGUUUGGUCUACUCCAAAUAUCGUGAACUGCUCGGUUCUUACAAUGAUCAGGCCAAUGCCUAUAUCGAUACACUGCCCAGCUAUAUGGUGCACAAGGAUACGGGUUUCAAUUUGGAAUCCAACCCAAAGACAACAUCAACAAUUACAACAAAUGGCACUACCACCACCAUUCAUCUGGCUGCCAGCCCUUCAUCGUCAUCCUCAUCGCCAUCAUCAUCGCCCGGGGGAGACAACGAUAUGUAUGGUUCUGGUCAACGUAUGCCCGCCCAGUCGAACUACGAAGCACCGGCAUGCGUCCAAAACGCCAUGACCAGGGACAAGAAACCCUUCACCUACACACCUGGCGGCAUUGAUCUCUCACAAAUCAAAUCGGAACGCAUGGCCAAGCGUUUGGCUCGCAAUGCCUGUGCCGAGGGCGCUGCCGGUCAAUCACAACAGAAUCGCCCGGGCGGUGCCGUUCAACAGCCCACAUCGCCCAGUUCGCCAGGCUCGGCGGCGGCCGUGAUCGGAGCAGCUGGCAUGGGUAUGCCAUUCCAAGUAUUACCACCAACACCACAACCGGUUGCCGGUAAGAAUACAAAUGGUGGCUGUGGCCCAGCACCUCCCCCACCACCACCACCAACAUCCUUUUCCAAUAUGUCGAACACAACAGCAGCAGCGGCGACAUUGGCGCCCCACAUGAAUGGUGGCGGUGUCAAUGGCGGACGUGGUAGUGCCCCCAAUUCACCGAACAUGCAGCGUAAGAUACCACCAGCACCGCCAUCGCAACGCUUCGAACCACCACCGCUAGGUUUUCGUCCUGAGAUUAAAAUUCCUCCAAAUCCGAUGGCGGCUUUGCGUAAAGUUCCACCACCGGUUGAGAAGAACACCUUCUGGAAGGAUGAGUACCUGAAGAACAAGGGUGGUUCGGAUGCCCCGGCUCCAGCUCCAGCUUCGGCUCCGGCCAACAGUGCCUAUACAGAAGACAACGACAGCGUUAACGGUUCUAGUAGCACCACACCAUCGCAGCAAACGACAAAUGGUAGUGACCAAUUGACAACAGCAACAACAAAUGGUGAAACGAACAACAGCGAUACUAUUGAUGGUUUUAGAAAAACGAUGCCCACUACGACUACGAAUAAACUACAAGCCAAUCAGCAAACGAACAACUAUCCAACGAAUACUCAAGAUCAACAACAACAACAGGAACCACUUAAGACGCCCACAUCUCCCCAUAAACCAAGUCAAGAAUCGGAAAAACCUCAACAAAAAUCUCCACAAAACUCAAGUCCCGACACUCAAUCCCUUUCAUCCACCCAUCGACCCACUCCACCCACAUCACCGCAUCAAAAACUGUCCUCACCCUCAGUGUUGAAGCAGAUUGAACGUGAGACUGGUACUCCACCAGCCGCUUCGGCUUUGACCAGUCCCCCGAAAUCUGUGACACCCAUACAAAUACAGACAGAUGUACAGCAACAACAACGUCAACCUUCACCCAAACCCGAAUUUCGUAGUGCGGCAACGGCAUCACCACAACCGGCCGCUGUCAAUCUUUUCAAUCGUCAAACCGAUAGUCCUCGUUCCGUUGAGAACGCCACACCGCCCCGUGUUACCGAGAGUCCGUUUAGGUUGGCCCAACAACAGCAGCAACAGCAAAGGGCUCCCGUGGCCAUAUCACCAUUGGCCCAGCAAACGACAAGCACACCUCUGUCGGCUGGUCCUUCGCCCGGCCAACCCCAGGCCCAGACAGUACCAUGGCGCACCCAGCGUGGUCAAACACCGCAACAGCAAGGCCCAACACCAACAGCCAACACUCAGUCGCACCCCCAACCUUUCUACAACAAUGUGCAGCAGCAACAACAACAACAGAGAACUCCAGAUUUCAGCACUCAAACCUCGGCCUAUCAGGGCCCGAAACCAACCAACGUGGGUUCUUUGUACAUUGCCCCAUUGGCUGCCCCGGUUGAGCCUCAGGCCCAACACAUUGUUCGCCAACAAAUGCAGCAGCAGCAAAAACAACCCCAACGUGACUCACCCAUGCGUCAAAUGGGUGGACCACAGCCCGGCAAUCAACAGCUACGUUGGAUGAGUUCUCAGCCCAAGCAAACAGAGCAACCACCAUGGGCUCGGCCCGAAGAGAAUGGCAAUGUGGUGCCUUCAUCAUUGAAUCGUAUCAAGUCACCACCACCACCACCAACAGCCUCCUCCUAUCAAACUCAGCCUCAACCACAAGCAUUGUACCAACAACAACAGCAACCACAACCAUCGGUAUUGUAUCAACCAUCUCAACCACAGCCCUACAAUCAAGGCAAUGGAUUUUUGGGUCAACAGCAGCAGCAACAACCUGCAACUCAAAAUUUCGGAGCUGUACACAAUGCUCCGGCUGGUUUGCGUUUGCAAAUUAAUACCAAAGCGAUUCAAAAUAACAACAACAGCAACGCCAACAACCAAAGUGGUCCAAGGGAACGCAUCAUUCCCAUACAAUUGGAGCAAACCCCAACCUAUACACCACCACAGCCGAAUUUCAAUACUACGCCAGCAGCCUAUAGCGCAGGCACUGGAACACCUGGCUAUGUUAUGCGUACACCAAAUCAAUUUGUGGAUCAGGGUUACAAUAACUUCGGUGUACAAAACACCCCACAACGGGUUAUGUCGCCGCCAAUGCAGCAGCAACAAUCACAACAACAACAGCUGAAUGCACCCCGCAUGGUUCAGCAGCAACAGCAACAGGCUGGCAGCAAUCGGACUCACAUUGUGCCAAUUGCCAUGGAGGGUGGUGAUGGUACGCGAGGACCCAUAUCCAAAACUCCCAUCGUUAUACAAAAUGGUGACUAUAAUCUCGUUGUACACGACUGCCCACUUGAGGCUGAGAUCAGAUUUAGAAAAAAUCGACUCAGCGAUCUGCGUACACCGCCCGUACAAUCGAAAUCUUUUAGAAUUUUGCAAAAAAUCACAGACACUAUCGAUGAUGGCAAUAGCGAUGAGUCAGGAAAUCAGCAACGUAACGAUAGUUACAUGGAUGCCGAACCACAAUUACAGCGUCCGACAUUUGCUCGGCAAAUGAGCGCCCAACAGGCGCGCAAUAGUCCAACUGUUGAGCAAAUGAGACGCAUGAAAAUUGGACAAGAACAAGGUAAUACAACGCCACAAACGCCUUCUCAAUUCAAUCAGCAGCCACGACCAUUUUACAACACCAACAAUGAUUAUAUACCACCCAGUGAACAACAUGUACCCGAGCCGAAAAAAUAUACCGGUAGCGCUAUACCAAGUCGAUCAUUUAAAAUUUUACAAGCCAUGACACAGCCAGAAAAUGCUGGUGAUCUAGAAACAAAUUCAAUAGAGUGCAACGACGAAGAGAUGAAUGAUGAGUCGAAAUCUGAUUUUCAUGUAGAAUCUUGUAAUACCUCCUCUGCCGAACCGGUGAGCUCAACCUCGUUGUCCUCGCUGAGUUCGUCAGAUUCAAUAUGUUCAGGUCCCACACCACCACCAACACAAGCCCCCUUAGGUUAUGCUCCCUACCCAUAUCCCUAUGCAUAUCCCUGGUAUCCCCCACCGCCGGCCUGUGACAGUGCCGGUAAUCCAAUCUGGCCAUUUGUCCAUGCCAUGUCUCCGUCGCCCUCACAAAGUGGCAGUGAGACAGGAAGCAAUACCAAUCCCAGUUGGUAUUACCCCUAUGCCAUGCCACCACCUCCACCGCCACCUGCAACACCGAAUGGCGAAUCGCAACAAUCCACAACCCAUCCCUCAUAUCCCCCAUAUCCCUAUUAUUAUCCUUACUAUCCCAUUCCUGCUCCUCCUCCCCCACCAUUCCCAGCAACUCCCUCAAGUUCCACAGAAUUUGAUGGACAAAAUAUAUAUGCCCCCUAUUUGCCACCUCCGCCGCCCUAUCAUUCAUAUCCCUACCCCGUGGCUCCCAGUUACAGCCAAUCCUCGGCCUGUUCCAGUAGGGCCAGUUCAGUGUUGCCAGACAUAAUUAUAACACCCAGUACCGAUGAUGUCCCUUCGAAGGUCAUAAUGCAGCACCACAUUAAAGUGGAAAAGGAGAAAUCUCCCAAGCAGCGAGAAUCCUCCCUGGACAUUGAAGAUGUCACAAGUGAGAAAUCCUCCGUGCCCAAGCAAGUCGAUGGUUCCAUUGUGGACAUUUUGACCCAACAUUUGCAGAAUCUCUCCCAAACCAUGGAAAAUAAUUUGGAUUCCUCUCUGCAGUCACCCCGCAAAACCUAUGAAAAAUAUUUCGAACAGAAAUCUCCCGACGAUAACACCUCUCCCAUCCACAUUUCAAUGGUUGAGGAAGAGGAGGACGCAGCCGAAGAUUCUGAUUCUUCGGAAUCCUCGGCAGAUUCAGAUGCCACCACAAAACAAUAUGAUACACGUUUGGGUAAGGAAGGUUCCGUCCCGCUACAGGCAAUUCGUUCGGUGACCAAUAUCCAGUUUUACAAUAAGCUGAAGAAUCAGCAACUGGAUCAGGAGGAGGAAUCGGAAGAUUCUGAAGAUGAUGAUGAUGCCACCACUGCCGAUGGUGAGAGUGAUGUCUUUGACGAAGACAUAGAGGAGAUUGAAUUUGUCUAUGAACACCAAGGCGAAGGAGAGGAAGAGGAGGAAGUCGAGGAAGAGUUACACGAAGAAGUGGAGUCGGAAUGUGAGGAAUUCAUUGUGGAGGACAAUCUAAGUGUCAUCUAUGAGGAGGAAAGUGAUUAUGAUAAGUCCAGCGAUUAUGGUAAACCCUCCACCAAGAAGCUGGAUGAACUGGAGGCGUGUAUUGAAGAAAAUUCCGGGGAGGAGGAAACCAAGCCAGAGGAAGAAGACAACUCGGUGACAGUUCGUUUGCCCUUGAAAUUUUCGUUUGGCAAAUUAACAGCUGACACGGCACCCAUUACCACCCUGGUGGUGGGCAAUUCCCUAGUGGAGGAGCCCCAAAAGUCCCCAAGCUCCAAUGAUAAUCCCCUCACCUCCUUCAGUGUGGCCACCGUGGAAACAGACUCCGAUGCAGAAGAUGAUUCUUGUGAUGUCAGUGUCACCAUAUCCUUGCCCAGAUCUUCUCGUUCCGGUUCCCUGGACUCAGAGCAUCGGAAUAAUUCUGCCAAAUAUCCCAUAGAUGAAAUGCCACUGCCCGAAGAGGCAUUGCCUAAAAUUGAAUCCAGCCAGGAGGAUGUUUCCUUCUCGAUAUCGUUGAAUAAGCGCAAUAAAUUUGUGGAUCAAACUCUGAAGGGAGACAUUACAAAUAAUAUUGCCCAGGAGAGGCAAGAGGUGAUUAAGGAGGUUGAGAAGAAGGAAGAGGAGCCACCUAAGCCCCAAGAAGAACCCAAAAUUGAUUUGAUGAAAUCCACAUCCAACUUUGAUUUCUUUGCCACGCUGAUGGCCACAAAAAUGCAGGCCCAGAAAAUUAAGGAGGAAUCGGCCAAUUAUUGGGGUAAGCCCUCAAGUCAGAACAGCAAUGAGGAAGAGAAGACGGGAGGGGAAAACUCCCAAAGUGGGGAAUCCGAGAGCCCUAAAGUCGAAAUUAAAUCCACAGAGAAACCUAAACGCAAGGAAGAGGUGAAAACCCAAGAAUCUACUCAAACUAGCUUCAAAUCCCAGGAGCCCCAAGAAUCUACUCAAACUAGCUUCAAAGCCCAUGAACCCUUAGAGGUACCCAAAGUUACCCAGAAGCCGAAAAUAGAACUCCCCAAAGUUCCAGAAUUCAAAGAUGACCUGAAGGCUCGCACCAGUUUCUGGUCCAAAUAUUCGACCAACAACAAAACGAGUGCCAACAAAGCUGAAGUGGCUCCGGAAACACCCUCCAAGCCUGCAGAACCUCAAACCGACGUUGAAUGCAACAGCAAAUCCCCCUCCACUUCUUGGGACAGUAAUUCUUCAAAAACCGAUUCCCAAAAUAGCCAAGACCAGAAUCAGGAAGAAAUCGAUGAUAUUUGGGGUGAUCGGGAUGAUGAUUUGGUUAUACGUAAAGAACGGAAACUUAUGUACUGGGAUAAAUAUUCGAAAUCCUCGUCGGGUUAUGAAACAGAAACUCAAAUGGAUGACACAACUAAGGCGAAGGAGGUUUCUCCAGCAGCCUCCGAUAUUAAGGAGGAACAAUCCUUGGAAGUUAAAAAGUCCGAUACUUUGGAAACCUCUGUGGUCCAAGAGGACGAUAUUGAGGACAUUUGGGCUGAUCGUGACGACGAUUUGCCAGCUGUGAACAAUCUUUCCAAAAAACUGGAUUCCCUGCAAAGUGCCAAGGACUCAUUCUGGUCUUCGGUGGCAGAGGCCAAUAAGGUUUCCGAUUCUGUGGCCAAGGAGGCCAACGAUUUCUGGUCCCAAUUAAAGGCCCCCAAAAAGAAGCCGAGAGCUGAAAGCAUUACCGAGAUCCUUUAUUCUCCCUUGGUUCUCAGACAUCGCAUUGAUGAACUGGCCAAGGCAUUGAGGGCAACUUUGCACACUCAAGAGGAACCGGAGCCGGAAGAAUCCGAGGAAGAGAUAGAAGUCAAAGAGGAGAACGUCGAGGAGAAGGAUGAGGAAGAAGAAAUUGAUUUCUGGGCCCAAAUUGAGGAGUCCAAGCAAAAAUCCUUUGAAGAACCCUCUCCCAGGGACGAGGUACCCGAAAUUAUGGCGGAAGAAAACGAAAUUGAAAAGCCCAUCGAAGAAACAACAAAUCAGUCCUUUGACCCCCUCAAAUAUCCUGAAGAGCCCCGGGAAGUUGAUACCGAUGAAGAAAUUGAUUUCUGGGCAGAAAUUGAGGCCAAUCGUCUGCCGGAUGAUGUGGAGGUCACCUUUGAAAGGGCAGCCACAUUUUGGGCAUCCAGAGAUCGUCGGAAUUCUGCAGAUGAAACUCCCCACAAACCAGUGCUACCAAAACCUUUUGCCGCCAGAUUGCCCGAUGAACCCAUUAAGGAAGAUAUUAACAUCUGGGCCACCUUAGAGGCCCACAAGGGAGAGGAACCAAUUAUUGUGGAUCCCCAGGUGGAAGAAGAACAGCAAUUGGCCCAAGAAUUUGAGGAGAUAAUACCUCAAGAAGCUGAUGCCCGGGAUGGCAUUAAUGACAGUGUAAUGGAUUUGGCUUCGGUACAUGAACCAGUCCAGGCCUCCAUAUGGGCACCCAGCUCCAUGCAAGAAAAUCAAAUGGAAGAAAAAGUCCCAGCCCAGCAGGCAAAAGAAGAACCUGAUUUCUGGGCAGAAAUUGAAAAGAGCAGAAGUUCCUCGCUAGACAAAGAGAAGAGCGACAACUUGGAGACAAAACGUAAAAACUUUAGGCAGGCCAAGGCCUUCUUCACCAAUUCCGUGGAUGAACCCAAGGAGGAGGUGAAAGAGAAAACAGAAAAUGUGACAGAAAAAUCCUCCAAGAAAUCUGAUGAGGAUAGUGUAAAGGAUGACAAUAGCAAGGAAGAAGGAAAGAAGGUUAAGAAACCACCCAAGAAAGAAGUCAAGGCCAAGAGUAAAAGUAAAUCUCCCAAAGGCAAGUCCAAGGAACUCAAGGCGGCUGCUGCUGCCAAGUCUCCAAGCUCUGAUUUGCCUGAGGUUUAUGUGGAACCCACUCUCAAGCGUCUGGCCAAUGGCCUGCCCGAUUUGGAGGUUACCAAGUUCUAUGAGGAACGUAAGGUCUCGGUGCGCGAUCGUAUUUCGGUAUUCGAAACGAGUAACAGCACCGAAACUGCUCCCGACUCUAGGCGCAACAGUAUUACCAAUCCACAAAAACUGUCGGUGGAUAGCAACAGCUCUGCGGUGAGACGUAGUUCUUUGUCUCGCAACAGUUCCAGCCAACGUUCCGAGUCGGAAAUCGAAGAAGAUGACUCGGGUGUUACGGAUAUGAAUAAACUUUCCGAAACUGAAACCGAGUCGGGAAGUUUCCCAGAGCUACGCAAAAUGUCCUCAUAUCAAAGGGCUGCCACGCAUUCACGUCUCUUCAAACUGCUGCAGGAUGAUCCUGAUGCCUUGGAGGAAAAUAAUGGCGACAACAAAGAUGUUGAUGAAUUUCAGCUGAGACCCAGUCGUAGGAAGGUGGUACACAAUGUUAGUAUUACACGCAAACAAAAUCCCAAUGCCCUGGCCGAGGUGGAGACCAUGUCUCAGCGCCGGGAACGCCUUUCUUUGCCACUGCGCAAGAAUACCAGUAUUGAUGCAGAUAAUCCCUCCACACCCAAUAGUCCGGCCUCACCAAUUCUGGAUCAGCCAACCAGUCAACAGUCUGCGGUCAGUGAUCAGCUGGUCAGUGAAUUGGUCCAAAGUCUGCUGCUGAAAAGUGAUAGCACUCAUUUGCGCAAAUUGCCCAUGGAAAAAUUGCAGGCCGCCGCCAAGAGGGUAUUGGAAGAGGAACUCGAUUCUUUGGAGAACACUUCCGUGGAUUCCACACCGGCCAUGACACCUAGUGAUAACAAGAAAGAUAAAUCAUAUGCCGACUAUUAUAACACCUGGUCCAAUGCCAAUAAGCCCUCCGAGGCCACGGAACCCAGAUCUCUGAGAUCCCUACAGGAUAAUCGCCGUAGUCCCUGGACUGUACGCUGUCCUCGUGUGCUUAGUUCCAAGACCAUAAAUCGAGACCUCGCUCGUGUGACAGAAUCACCGGAGAUCUUCUUGCGUAGCAGUAAAAGUCCCGAAUGUUUUCGACAGUCGAGGGAAUCGUCGGUCAGUCGAUGGAAGAAGGCGUAGUUAAGUGAGGCUAAGGGAUACCAGGGAUAAAAUACUCUGUAGGAUUACAGUCUAUUGUGGGAAACACACACACAAAUAGUAGUAUGUAGUUGUAUAUAUUACUGGCAUAAGAGAAAACAAUUAAGAAAACAGGUUCUUGGAGCUUAGUAGUAAAGAGCUUCGGCUAACCAAGAGGCUUCAGAGGGUUCACCAGGAACCUUUUUUCAAGCAUUAAAUGCAUUUUUUUACAAAAAAAAACGAAACCUAUGGGCUAUGUGUUAUUGCAUUUUUCUUGAAUUUAAUUCAAUAUUUUUUAAGAUUUUAAGGAGUUUUUUUCUAAACCAAUCAAAAGAAAGAAAAGCAAGCAGGUAUUGCUUUUUUUGAGGAAAAAAAUCAAUCAUUCGUCAUUCAAAGUCCACGUUCGUUCGUUACACUCAGAAAAACAUUGGUUACCUUAAAAAAAAAAAAAUACACUGAGAAAAAAAGUAAAACGCCGUCACGCCACACCAACACCACCACAACCACCUACCUACCAAACAACCUCUACUACCAACCAAACAUACAUUUACCAACAACCACCCAAAAAAAGAUAUAGCGUCCAACCAAAAACAAAAAUCAAAUCAGUAACAGAAAGCAUUGUUCGAUAUCUCCCCCCAAAUAAAUCCAAAUCAGUCAAUAUCUCUCUCAAAAUCAAUCAAAUCAAUAAUCUUGUUCAAAAUCUAUUAAAAAGGACCUGGACAGUCGGAUCUAUAAUUAUUUUCUUUUAUGCCAUAGAAAUUAAUUAUAGAUUUCCAACUUGAACAAAAAAGUGUCCAAUAUUUUGAACAACUUAAAAAGUAGAAAGAAAAAACGACAACAAUCAAAACAAAACUAGAGAAAUUUGGGUUUUUAUUGCAACAAUAACGACAAACAAAAAAAGUCUACUGUACCACAAUCUCCCCACCAUCCCAUAAGAAGGGGAGAUUUUUGUUAAGGAAUUGAUGAAAACGGAAACACCUGCAGAGGUAGCUUGGAAGGAACAACGAAAAAAGCGUGGCGUUAAUUAUUUUUAAGUUUUCUUUUCUUUUUGUAACAAUUUACUCAAGAAGGUAACAAAUGAUUUGAAAAAAGAAUUUAAAAGUUUAAGUGAUCUUAAAAAACAAGAAUUUUGAAUUAAGUUAAACAUUUACUAAAAACCAAACACUUAACUCAACAUUUAACGACUUAGAACGAACGCUAACUUUCAUUAAUUAGUUAAAAAAGAAAAAAACAAACAACAAUUCAUUAUUUAAUUUUACUUAAUGACUUUAUAUAUUCUUAAAGAAAAACCUAACCUUAAAAAAACCAACAACAAUUGUAAACGAAACACACUCAUCUCAUUUCAUGCAAAAUUCAAUUCAAAAAAUAUUUCGAUUUUACUAAACCUCAAGAAGAACAAAGAAUUUGUAUUAAAAGAAUGAAGAAAGCAACGAUUGAAUUCAUUUGCUCAUUAUUUUUUAAUUUUCCAAUAAUUUGUUAUUAUUAAUUUAUUUUUUUUAUUAUUAUUAUUAUUGCUAUACAACAACAUGAAAUAUUUCUUAUUAUUAUUUAUCAUUUUUUUCACAUCAUUUAUUUUAUUUUUUUAAUUAAUCAAUUACUGUGUUUUAAUUUUUAUUCUGUUUGUAGUAUCAUUUUAUGAUCUAAAUAUUGAAAUAAAUAAAUAAAAAUAUCCCUAAAAAAA